AUGUCAAUCAAGCUCUCUACCAUCCUCUCCUCCCUCUUCUACCUCCUCCCCCUUUACCUCUUCGUCCUCGCCCCGCUCCUCCGCCAAUUCUUCUCAGAAGGAGAAUCCCCCCUCAGCCCAUCCACCACCGACUACCUCUUCCCCGACAGCGCAGACGCAAAUGCGUACCACGACCAAGACGCAGACGACCUCGCCCCGUCCAAAGCCCUCAAUCUCCUCGACGACACCUUCAUUAGCAUCGACGACGGAAUCACCCCCGACUGUCCCGUCGACCCAGCCUACCGCAUCCACUUCCUCUCCCGCACCCCCCUAGUCAUCUACAUCGAAGGCUUCCUCACCACCCCCGAAGCAGACCACCUCGUCGACAUCAGCGUAGGAAAAUACACCCCCAGCAUCAUCUACAACGGCAUCACCGAGCGCAUCGACCCGUCCACGCGCCUCUCCGAUCGCGCCCUGCUCGACCGCGACCCCACCGUCCGGUGUAUCGAGGAGCGCGCCCGCGCCUUCCAGGGGUGGCGCCCACACCUGUACGUCGAGCGCAUGUGGGCCCAGCGCUACAACGCCUCCGGCCACUACAAGCACCACUAUGACUGGGCCGGCUCCGUCGCGCGCGGCGGCGACCGCGCCAGCACGUUCAUGGUCUACCUCGACGAUAACUGUACCGGUGGGGGAACGAAUUUCCCGCGCUUGCGCAUGCCGGUUGAUAGGCGGUGGUGUCGGUUUCUGGAGUGUCGGGACGAGGAGGAGCUGGAGCGGGGACCGGAAAAUGGGGACAAGGACAAAGGGCAGAAAAGAAAGGCGAGGGCCAGGGGAACGGGGGAGGGCAUCACGUUCAAGCCUAUCAAGGGGAAUGCGGUUUUCUGGGAGAAUCUGAGGCCCGAUGGCACGGGAUAUCCCGAGACAUGGCAUGCGGCGCUGCCCGUCACGUCGGGGACGAAGGUUGGCUUGAAUAUUUGGAGUUGGUACCAGCCGCCGCGGAGGAGUUGA